UUCUCGUUCUGCUUUCUUCACUUGGUUCAGGUGCUGUGUCGUGUAAGGUAAGGAGUAUUAUACGGUACAUCUACGCGUAUACGAAUACGAAUGCUGCUGUCAGGCUUGGGUACUUCUUCGCAAGAUCUCACUUGUGGUUAUAAUUCACGUGUUGCUGGUGCGUUCUUCGAGUCGGGCUUACGUUAUAGUCGGAUUUUAUAAUAACUCGAUUUAAUCGCUUUUGUCGCGAAGCUUUCGCUUUUCAUGUGGUGUUGCUGACAUCAAAGGUGAACUCGUUUUCGAGCUGGGAUACCUACGAGGUUUUUUUUCAUCGAUUAAAUGCGAGCCGAGUGAUGCGGUAAAUUUUCAAUAAAGGUGCUGCCUUAAGAUGGACAUGAACGUGAUGAACUCAAACGGCGGCAAAGAGGCCGCCGUUAUGGUGAGAAAUGCGUAUAAAAGAUUCAAUGUCGCAAAUGUCGUACUCCAUGGGUUGAAUAUGACUGUACCCGAAGGCACUGUGUAUGGACUGCUUGGACCCAGUGGUUGUGGUAAAACUACCCUGUUGCAUUGUAUAGUCGGUAGAAGUGAACUGGACUCUGGUGAAAUUAAAGUCAAAGCGAAGAAAAAAGCAAAUAUCGGUUACAUGCCUCAAGAAAUAGCUUUAUACAACGAAUUCAGUAUUAUCGAAACGAUGACCUAUUACGGUAGACUAUUCGGCCUUUGCGGUAAGAAAAUCGAAAAAAGAACAGAAGAAUUACUAAAAUUCUUAGAACUGCCUUCAAAAUCCAGUAUCGUUGGUAAAUUGAGCGGUGGACAAGAAAGAAGAGUUUCAUUUGCUGUCGCCUUAAUACACGAUCCUCAGUUAUUAAUCUUAGAUGAGCCUACCGUAGGCGUAGAUCCAGUGCUUAGUGCAAGUAUUUGGGAAAGACUGCUUCAUAUGGCCGCACAUGGCAACAAAACAGUGAUAAUUACUACUCAUUACAUCGAAGAGGCUCGUCAGGCUCAUACCAUCGGUUUAAUGCGAAAUGGGCAACUAUUAGCCGAAGAAUCGCCUUCACAGUUAAUGAUACAGCAUAACUGUUCAACUUUAGAACAAGCAUUUUUAGAACUGAGUAAAAGGCAGUACACGAGUACAAUCGGUCAAGAAGAUGAGAAUUGUAACAUCGAAGUGUACCCAACACCUAAAGAAAAACCAGAAGUACCUCUGCAACACGAUGUCAAUUGCUCGUGGAAACGAAUAUUUGCUCAAUUGACGAAAAAUUUCUACUGGAUGAAAAGGAAUAAAGCAAUUAUGUGUUUUUUACUACUUCUGCCAGUUGUACAAUGUUUCUUAUUUUGUUUAUGCAUCGGACGUGAUCCUCGUGGGCUGAAGGUGGCCGUCGUCAAUGAAGAAGUACAAGGAAUUUCCAGCUGUGACUGGUUACCUUUAGAAGGGUGUAAUUUUUCAGUACCUCUCAGCUGUAGAUAUUUAAAGAAAAUACAACAAAAAACUUAUAACUUGAUCGAGUAUUACGAUAUUGAAACGGCAAAAAAUGCCAUAAAAACGAACGAAGUAUGGGGUUUGAUUUAUUUUUCGAAAAAUUACACCGCUUCGUUAGUCGAACGAAUCAUGCUGAAAGAAGAAACAGAUAAUGUUUCCAUAGCAUUAAGUGAAGUUAAUGUUUGGCAAGAUAUGUCCAAUCAAUAUAUCAGUAAUCUAUUGAGAAAGGACGCUUUGAAUGGAUACGUGGAGUUUCUACAAGGAGUAUUCUUCGAUUGCGGAUGGCCUCCUAGAAUGGCAGAUAUACCUAUCAAAUUGGAGAAAGCAAUCUAUGGUAAUAAUAAUCCUAGUUUUAGUCAUUUCACCGCACCAGCCAUAAUAUCUUUAUUUGAAUUCUAUUUACCAAUGGUGUUCACUGUUGGAGCCAUAUUGAUGGAAAAAAUGGCCGGUUUGUUGGAACGAAGUUUAGUCGCAGGUUUUGGUCAAAAAUAUGUUAACCAAUGGUUUCAGGAGGUCGAAAACUAUCAUAAUCAGUUCAAACCCCAUUUUUCAAAAUUGUGGUCUUUAGCAGGUGUGACGAUCUUAGAAGUUGUAAUUUCGCAUAUGGUUGUGCAAUUCAUCGUAAUUAGCAUUCAAACUACGCUGAUGAUGUUGGUGUUAUUCGUUUUAUACGAUAAUCCUCUAGCUGGAAGCUUACUUUGGAUAUUACUGCUGCUAUUUUUGACCGGAACCAGUGGCAUGUGUUAUGGUUUCAUGGUGGCUGUGAUGUGCAAUACAGAUACAGCUGCUACUUUCAUGGGCUUAGGAAGUUUCUUCCCAUUGGCAAUGUUGAGUGGUAUGAUGUGGCCUUUGGAAGGAAUGCACUGGAUUUUACGAUCAAUCGGAUGGAUUUUACCGAUCACACUGUCGACGGAAACUUUCCGAGCUUUAUCUGCCAGAGCAUGGACUAUCACUCAUCCUACCGUAUACAAAGGGUUUUUCUCAUCUUUCGGUUGGAUUUGCUUCUUUAUGUUUAUAACGAUGCUCGUCGUGAAGAAAAAUCAUGGUUUAAGGAGAAAAUGAACAUGUUGUGAAACUUUUUUUAAAAGAGAUAUGUACCUGGUUAUGUAUUUUCUCUUAGGUUGGUUGGUUGAUUGCGAGCCUAUGACUCCGAGGUUGCCUUAUAUGUUUUAAUUCGAGGGGGCGAAUGGUUCGACUCUGUUGCCAUUGUAUCGCCAAAAUUGACAUUAUUAUGUAGUUUAAUUAACGCGGUGUCCAUGAAUUGAAUAAACUUUUUUUUUUUUUAUCUGUGUAGUUACCGAGAUGUGAACAUUUUUUUCUAUGGUUUAUAUUUUAAUAAGCAUUGUGAUAAGUUUAAAAAGUCGUGUAUAUAGAACAUACUUAUUAUUAUAAAACAUGGUUGAUUUUUUUUUUCAAGUACCUAUUUAUGUAAGUUGAUAAUAAGUACAUAGUAACGAAAUAAAGUUGAGGAAAUUUCAA